AUGGCAUCACGCUUGAGGAACAAGUAUGUUCCUCGACAGUACGAGUCGACGCUGUUCCUCAAUUGGUUAGACCUCUGAUAGGGCAAGAUGCCUAUCCGAGACUAUAUUCAGGCUUUUGAGGAGUGCCCAUGAGGUAAUGCUUUGUCAAGGACUCACGUGUGGUUUUGGGCAUUUUCACCGACGGACUUAGUUCGCGGCUUCGGAACGAGGUGCUGAAAGGCAACCCGUUUGAAGUAGAUGAGGCCUAUCGCAUAGUAGAGCAUAUGGAGCGACCCGCCGAGGACACAUAGUUCACCCCACCUCCGAUCACCACGAAGAUCGCGUCCACACGAUCUGCACAGACACCGAUGACAGCACCGAUGCGUACUAGUGUAGGGAACGGACGGACUACACCGGCGACAUCAGUAGGGUCUGCACCACCCCCACGUCCGCCACCAGCUGACGCAUCCGAUCGUGCUACGGCCGCGUCCCAAGCCCAUAUCACUUGUUGCAAGUGUAAGGGUAAGGUGCACCGGAUGAGCCAAUGCCCAUCUUUAAAUCUCCUCAUAGAGAUCGAAGAAUUGGGUAGAGGUUCACACGAGGCUGACGUCCCUGUAGGCGAUGAUGUCUACAUUGCUGACGAGGGUUUAGCCGAGGAGUGUGAUGACACUCCUGAUUUAAUUGGCUACAUCUAGAUCCGGCCAGCCACCGUACCAGCAACUGAGGCUGCCUCUCUCGCUACCUCAUUGACGAGCACUUCAUUGAGGAGAUUGGUCAGCAUCGCUGUCCAGUGUCCAUCUCGAGACACGGUUCCUGCACCACAGCCUGACACCACGGCAGCUAGAGAGAUCACCUCGGCACCGAGGAUGACUAUGCCCACAUCUUCGCCUACGACAGACGAUUCCUUUCGUACGUCGAUCUUCUACACCUAUGUGAAGAUCAACGGACACGCGUGCAAGGUGAUUGUGGACAGCGGCAGUUGCGUCAAUGCCGUGUCAGACUAGGUCUUGCAGAGGGCAGGGCUGAGUACUAUCAGUCAUCCAGCCCCUUACGACAUAUUGUGGAUAGACGCCACUGCACUACCCAUUUGUUGACAGUGCCAAGUGCCACUUAGGGUGAGCACCUAUGAUGAGCACAUCUUGUGUGAUGUCCUUCUGAUGAAAAUCGACGGCAUCAUACUUGGAUGGCCCUAGUUAUUUGACUAUGACAUCCAACUCAUGGGAAGAGCAAACACUUGCUCUUUCAUAUAUCGAGAUCGCCGACUUGUUUGGUAUCCGCAUAUCAACAAGCCUGCGCCGAAGCGUGACCCUAAGUCACAUAUUGGGUUAAUCGUGAUGAAGGGACUUGCCUUUCAGCACGAGAUCACGUCGGACAUAGAUGGAUCCCUGACAUGCUUCGCUCUCACUUUGGAUACGUGAGACGACACGACCCUUACCCCGCCUUCUCCAGAAGUCGAAGGUAUAUUAUCGGAGUACGCCGAUGUACUCAUAGAGGAGCUUUCCAGAGAGCUGCCUCCAUUGAGGCACAUUCAGCAUGCUAUCGACUUGGUUCUCGGAGCAUCACUCCCAAACCUGCCGCACUAUCGCAUGGAGUUGGCCAAGUAUGAGGAGCUUAGCUGACAGGUACAAGAGCUUUUGGACAAGGGACUCAUCCAGCUGAGCCUUAGUCCCUACGCCGUGCUUGCAUUACUAGCGCCGAAGAAGGAUGACACUUGGCGCAUGUGCUGCAACAGUCGCGUGAUCAAUAGGAUAACGGUUAAAUACCAUUUUCUGAUCCCGCGAUUACAGGACUUAUUUGACAUGAUGAUAGAAGCCACUAUCUUUUCAAAGAUAGAUCUACGCAAUGGUUAUCAUUAGGUCAUGAUACGUCUAGGGGACGAGUGGAAGACCACCUUCAAGAUCAAGGAGGGCCUGUACGAGUGGAGGGUCAUGCCAUUUGGCCUCUCCAACGCGCCCAGUACAUUCUAGAGGCUAAUGAACGAGGUUUUACACCCAUUCAUUGGCAAGUUCAUCGUAGUAUACUUCAACGACAUCUUGAUCUACAGCGGUACCCGAGAUUCCCACCUCCAGCACUUAUGAUAGGUGUUUGAGGCACUUCGAUAGGAGAAGCUUUAUGCCCAUCCUAAGAAGUGUAGUUUCUUUACUUCCGAGGUUACAUUCCUUGGUUUUGUCGUCUCUAAGCGAGGAGUUUCCACAGACCCCGAAAAGGUCCGCGCGAUAGUCACCUGGCCACGGCCAUGUAGCAUGCACAACAUCCGGAGCUUCAUUGGACUAGCGACAUUCUACCGUUGCUUCAUUUGGGACUUUAGUUCUGUUACCGCUCUACUUACUGAUUGCCUCAAGAAGGAGACCUUCCUUUGGACAGAAGCAGCUGAACAGGCCUUUGAUCGAGUGAAGGCUCUUAUCACUCAGGCACCGAUACUUCACCUACCCGACUUUUGGCAAGGUAUUUGAGGUCGCCUGUGACUCCUCAGGUGUCAGUAUUAGGGGUGUCCUUAGCUAGGAAGGCAAUCCCAUAGUGUACUUCAGUGAGAAGCUAAAUGACGUGAGGCUUAAAUACUCCACUUACGAUCGUGAGUUCUAUGCCGUCAUUUAGGCUCUCAAACACUGGCGUCAUUACCUCCUUUAUAAGGAGUUUGUGCUCUUCUCGAACCAUGAGGCCUUGAAGUAUCUACACUUUCAGUGGAAGUUGAGCAAUCAACACGCACAAUGGGUCGAGUACUUGUAGGACUUCACCUUCAUCCUUCGCCACAAGAAGGGCAAGGAGAACGUGAUGGCAAAUGCCUCAGUCGACGAGUCUACUUGCUGAACCUCGUGAAGGUUCAGGUGAUAGGAUUUGAGUCCCUACCGGAUUCUUAUGCAGAUUGCCCGGACUUCGGCCACGUUCUACGAGCACUCUUGGAUGGUCCAUCUUGAGAUCAUAAGGACUUCCUUGUGGUCAACGGAUGUCUAUUCUUUAGGAGCAGAUUGUGUGUUCCACGCACAUCCCUCCGUGACUUCCUCACUUGGGAAUGUCACACAAGAGGUCUAUUCGGCCAUUUCAGUCGCAAUAAGACCAUCGUAGCGGUUGAGUACCAAUUCUACUGGCCGACCCUCAAGCGUGAUGUAGGGAACAUCGUCGCUCAGUGUCGAGUGUGCGCACUUGCCAAGCAGGUAAAGAAGAAUGUUAGACUCUACAUGCCACUUCCAGUGCGGACCCGCCCAUGGGACGAUGUCAGCAUGGACUUCGUUUUGGGACUCCCACGCACUGCACGACGACACGACUUGAUCAUGGUGGUCGUCGAUAGGUUUUCAAAGAUGGCACACUUCGUGCCAUGUUCGAAAACCUCCGACGCCUCCAAGGUUGCUAGCCUCUACUUUAGAGAGAUUGUGCACUUUCAUGGACUACCCAAGUCUAUAGUCUUAGACCAUGACAUACAGUUUACCAGCCACUUCUGGAGGACUCUUUGGAACUUACUUGGGACUAAGCUCAAGUUCUCUACUACUUACCAUCCAUAGACUGAUGGCCAGACCGAGGUCGUCAAUUAUAGCUUAGGGAAUCUGCUUCAAUCAUUAGUUGGCGAGAGCUUAACCACUUGAGAUCUGAUCAUACCAUGCGCCGAGUUUGCCUAUAACUCCUCGACCAACUGUACCACUGGCAUGAGCCCCUUCGAGAUCGCACAGGGCUUAGCACCCCGCAAGCCCCUAGAUCUAGUACCCUUAGACCCUCAUGUUAGAGUUUCUGAGCAUGGUGUCGCAUUCGCCCAACAUGUUAGUCAGUUACAUCAAGACAUCCACGAUAGGAUACAGAGUCAGAAUGCAUUGUACAAGCAGGCUGCUGAUAUGCAUCGUCGACCCCGGAUCUUCCAGGUGGGAGACCAAGUUAUGGUGAGGAUGAGGCCCAAGCGUUACGCUCCUAGCUCUGCUACGAAGCUUCACGCUCGUAGCGCCGGCCCGUUUCGUGUUCUUUCCUAG